AUGGACAUCUCGCCUCUUAACUCUACCUCUGUUCCCGCACAACUCUCCCUCAACACCACAGCUUAUGUCAACACCACUUUCAGCGUCUUUGACGGCUGCGAGAUGUACAUCGAGGCAAUUCUCUUUGACCUUACCUUACAGUGCAUGAAUGUGAUCGUGGGAAUACCUGCCAACUUGCUCGUCAUUGCCAUUCUUAUCCACAAUCGCAAAGAUCCGUCCACCUCCGACCUGUUCCUGGGCUGCUUGGCCUUCAUGGAUGCCUACUUUGGCACCAUAACACCCCUCAGUUUCUUAAACCUUUACGUGUGGCACAGCAAAGAGGUGUGGUCAGCCAUUAAGUUCUCCUUCGGCGUGAAAGACACCAGCGGCCCGCUGUUUCUCUCCUGCAUCUGCCUGGAUCGGUUUGUGGCGGUGCUCUUUCCGAUGACGUUUGGCCAGCUGAAGCACAUCAAGUACAGGCUGAGUCUCACACUGCUGGUGAUCUGCCUCACCUUCGCCUACUCCACAGCCAAGAUGGUGGGCGGUCUCCCCAACUUCGAGAAAAUAUUCACCGCCGAGGUCCUUGCAGCUUUUGCCUGGAUGGUGGUGUGUAAUGCAAGCAUCUUAUUUGUCCUGAAGAAAUCGCGUGGUGCCGGUAAAGAUGACAUCCACCCCAUGAAGAAGAAGGCCUUCAAGAUGGUGCUCUCCAUCCUCUGUAUCAUUGUGUUCAACUAUUUGCCCCUCGUUGCGCUGUUCCCAUUCGAAGACCAUUACACCCCUGACGUGUUUCGUUGCUAUGUGCAACCUGUGGGCUUUGGUUUUCUGAACAUCAGCAGCACUAUCCAACCACUCGUCUACUUGUCGCGUCUGGAGAAGGUUCCUUUCCUCCCAGAUGCGUGUGUUAAGAAGUUUACUUCCUGUAUCGCCACAGAAAAAAGUGAAAACGUCUCUGCAAAAGAGCCUUCUGCAUAG